AUGGGUGAGAAGGUUAAGUUUUGUUUCUCUGUGUUCUCUCUUGGCGCAGGUCGAAUACUUUACGAUAUACCAUGCAAAGUAUGUCGGGAUCAUUCGUCGGGCAAACAUUAUGGUAUAUUCGCAUGUGACGGAUGUGCCGGUUUCUUCAAAAGGUCGAUAAGAAGAAAUCGACAAUACGUUUGCAAGGCCAAGUCCGAGGGUGGCUGUAUGGUCGAUAAAACUCAUCGUAAUCAGUGCCGAGCGUGUAGAUUAGCCAAAUGCAUUCAAGCAGGCAUGAACAAAGACGCCGUACAACACGAACGUGGACCAAGAAAUUCGACCUUACGACGUCAAAUGGCACUUUAUUUUAAGGAGCCCGAAAUGAUGAGCAACAUAGUACCGCAAUCGACUGCAGCAGCAUUAGAUCUUGCUCUACCAAAACCACCGACGGAACCUCGAGUAUCGAUAGCGCCGUCCACCCCUCAUCAUCCCCUUCCUCAUCCAAUUUAUUGCAACAGCAUUGCUUUGCCAAAGAUACCAGUUACCAUGGCAAAUCUACCUGUUAUCCCAUUGAUACCAGCGAUCACGGCGGAAUCGGUUUGCGAGCAAGCAGCGAGAUUAUUAUUUUUGAACGUACAUUGGGCAAGAGAAUUGGCAGCUGGUACGAAUCUGGUUAUUGAAGAUCAACUGGCCUUAUUGGAAUCCUCUUGGAGAGAAUUGUUUCUUUUAGCGGCGGCACAAAUGUUACCUACGUUAGAUCCAACGCCACUUUUACCACCAGGUACACAAGGUCUUGGAUUGGCCGUCGAAGUAACACGUUUCAGGGAUACAUUGGCCGGUUUUCAUGCUAUGAAUCUCGAUCAGCACGAAUUCGCAUGCGUAAGGGCUAUUGUCCUUUUCAAGGCCGGCCUUGACAGCGAUCCGGUAUCAAGUAGCCGAAGUAGUAGCUCUGGCUCUGCCUCUCCUAACAAUGGUACAAGGCUAAAGGAUGCAGUUGCGGUCGCAAGAUUACGGGACGGUGCACAAUUAGCGCUUGGACAAAGAUUAAGCGGUGCCUCCUUUGGUGCACUUAGGUUUGGAAAGUUGCUAUUAUUAUUGCCAACUUUAAGAUCGGUCUCUACCCAUGCGAUUGAGGAACUUUUUUUCAGGCGAACCAUCGGCAUUAUACCAAUCGAAAGGAUUAUAUGUGACAUGUACAAAUCCGGUUAA